AUGGCUGCGUUGUCACUUCUGGAGGCCCGUCUUCGGGCCUUCGCUCCAGAUGUUGGUGUUCCGGCUGGCGCUUGUCGCUUACAGUUGCUAGACGGAGCGUUUUUUUUAUCUGAUAUAAAAAUCGCUGAAAUAGUCAAAGAAUCGGACAAAAACAACUCUACUCUACCGUAUUCGAAUACACAAGCAAGUAAUUUAACAUCUUUGGAAGUAGCCAAUAGUAGCACUGUGGCAAGUGGAAUACCAGCGGCAGCAUUAUCACCGAUGGCAACACUCGAGCAGAUCGCAUCAAUGCCAGCAGCAUCUUAUCAGAUGCUACCAGAAGUCAACUUCAUGCAAGCUCUCACAUUUCCAUUUGGCAUUAAUAUCACGUCUAACACUAACACACGUCCUGCUAGCACGUUUGAUUUCUCGAAUGUAGCAGAUGCUAACGUGACAAGAACAGCACAUUCUACAGCAACGCCACCAAACAAUCCCUCUUUGCCUUCUUACAAUGCAAUGCAAAUAAAUUCAACUUCAGAGCAAUUCUUCCAGCCACACCAACUGCUCGAACAAUACCCUCUCGGCCAGCAUAUUGCUAUCAGUGCUAAUCGGACAAUCAGUGCUUACCACAGUGAUAACCAGGUUAAUGAGACAGGAGAGGAUUUAAAAAGUCAGCGGGAAGCUAAAAUUGAAUUAUUUAGCGAAGAUGAAAACGAUUACGGUGAUGAGGAAGAAAACAUGUACAACUUUCAAGAAGAAGAUAUUACUGCAAUUACAGUAGACAAAAUAGCGUUAGAAUUAGCUUAUCGAGAAAAUUUUGAUGGUAACGGUAAUCCAAAUGCAGGUACUGAUAAUGAAGAACACAAUGAAGCAGAAAACUAUGAAGGCGAUGAAUGCUUGAAUAAUUAUUCAUCGGUAGUAUCUACAACUGCACCUGAAACUGUGCCUUGUCAUGCAAAAAAGUACUCAGACAGUGAAUCUGCGCAGCAAAAUACUACAUCGGUACCUACUCAAAUGUCCCGAUGGGAUCAAUUGGUGGUUGAACGAGGUAGAAAAUUUAAUAAGCCAGCACCUCAGUGUAUUCACUGGAAUAAUCCCAAACAUCGCCUUGAUUUUCCUUGUAGGUUUUGGCAUCCGCGAGAACACUGUCGAUAUUAUCCACAUUGUUCAAAUACAGCAGAUGAAUGUGGUUUUGCACAUCCAUUUUGUGGUCAUUUUUGUCGUUGUCCAGUAAAUAAAAGAGACCCACAAAAAAACCAUCGAGUUCCAGAAGAAAAAUACUUAAGUAACUAA